UUAAGCUGGAGCAGGCUCAGCGCCGGCCGCCAUUUUGUGCAGUCGCUGGGAAGGAAGGAGACGCCUAAACCGCGGCCCUGCCGGGUUUGAGCGUAGCCAAACCUACCCCCUGUUUUUAUUACCCCGAUUCUCUGUGUUUUGCUCCCGUCUCCGACGAGAGAGGCGGCGACGGUGGCGUCUGCGACGGGAGACAGCGCGUCGGAGCGAGAGAGCGCCGCGCCUGCCGCCGCCCCAACAGCGGAGGCGCCGCCGCCAUCGGUCGUCACCAGACCGGAGCCGCAGGCCCUCCCGAGCCCGGCCAUCCGCGCACCGCUCCCAGAUCUCUAUCCAUUUGGGACCAUGCGCGGAGGCGGCUUUGGGGACCGGGACCGGGACCGGGACCGCGGAGGGUUUGGAGCAAGAGGAGGUGGCGGCGGCCUUCCCCCAAAGAAGUUUGGUAACCCUGGGGAGCGUUUGCGUAAAAAGAAGUGGGAUUUGAGUGAGCUUCCCAAAUUCGAGAAGAAUUUUUAUGUGGAACAUCCAGAAGUGGCCAGGUUGACUCCAUAUGAAGUUGAUGAACUACGCCGGAAGAAGGAGAUUACAGUGAGAGGGGGAGAUGUCUGUCCUAAACCUGUGUUCGCCUUCCAUCAUGCUAACUUCCCGCAGUAUGUAAUGGAUGUGCUAAUGGAUCAACACUUUACAGAACCAACUCCAAUUCAGUGCCAGGGAUUUCCUUUGGCCCUCAGUGGCAGGGAUAUGGUGGGCAUUGCUCAGACUGGCUCUGGGAAGACAUUGGCAUAUUUGCUGCCUGCAAUUGUUCAUAUUAACCACCAGCCAUACUUGGAAAGGGGAGACGGCCCGAUUUGUCUAGUUCUAGCUCCGACCAGAGAGCUUGCCCAGCAGGUACAGCAAGUGGCUGAUGAUUAUGGCAAAUGUUCUAGAUUGAAGAGUACUUGCAUUUAUGGAGGUGCCCCUAAAGGUCCCCAGAUUCGAGACUUGGAACGAGGUGUUGAAAUCUGUAUAGCUACCCCUGGACGCCUGAUAGAUUUCUUGGAGUCAGGAAAGACAAACCUUCGCCGAUGUACUUACCUUGUACUGGAUGAGGCUGACAGAAUGCUUGAUAUGGGUUUUGAACCGCAGAUCCGUAAAAUAGUUGAUCAAAUCAGGCCUGACAGGCAGACGCUGAUGUGGAGUGCGACCUGGCCGAAGGAGGUGAGGCAGCUGGCAGAGGACUUCCUUCGUGAUUACACCCAGAUCAACGUGGGCAACCUGGAGCUGAGUGCCAACCACAACAUCCUCCAGAUUGUGGAUGUCUGCAUGGAGAGUGAGAAGGACCACAAGUUGAUCCAACUUAUGGAGGAAAUAAUGGCUGAAAAGGAAAAUAAAACCAUCAUAUUUGUAGAAACGAAGAGACGCUGUGAUGACCUCACUCGGAGGAUGCGCAGAGAUGGUUGGCCAGCUAUGUGUAUCCAUGGAGACAAGAGUCAACCAGAAAGAGACUGGGUGCUUAAUGAGUUUCGUUCUGGAAAGGCCCCCAUCCUCAUUGCCACAGAUGUAGCCUCCCGCGGGCUAGAUGUGGAGGAUGUCAAGUUUGUCAUCAACUACGACUAUCCAAACAGCUCUGAGGAUUAUGUGCACCGGAUUGGCCGCACGGCCCGCAGCACCAACAAGGGCACCGCCUACACCUUCUUCACCCCGGGGAACCUGAAGCAGGCCCGAGAGCUGAUCAAGGUGCUGGAGGAGGCCAACCAGGCCAUCAACCCCAAACUGAUGCAGCUGGUGGACCACAGAGGCGGCGGCGGCGGAGGGGGAGGUCGUUCUCGAUACCGGACCACUUCUUCAGCAAAUAAUCCCAACCUGAUGUAUCAGGACGAGUGUGACCGGAGGCUUCGAGGAGUCAAGGAUGGUGGUCGGAGAGACUCUGCAAGCUAUCGGGAUCGUGGUGAAACCGAUAGAGCCGGCUAUGCUAAUGGCAGCGGCUACGGCAGCCCCAAUUCCGCCUUCGGGGCGCAGGCCGGCCAGUACACCUACGGCCAGGGCACCUACGGGGCAGCCGCCUACGGCUCCAGCGGCUACACGGCCCAGGAGUACGGGGCGGGCACCUACGGGGCUGGCAGCGCUGCGGCCAGCGGCCGAAGCGCCCAGAGCUCCGGCCAGCAGUUCAGCGGGCUGGGCCGCUCUGGGCAGCAGCCGCAGCCGUUGAUGUCCCAGCAGUUCGCACAGCCCCCGGGGGCCGCCGGCAUGAUAGGCUACCUGGGGCAGGCCGCCUACCAGUACCCGCCGCCCCCGCCGCCCCCGCCGCCCUCGCGCAAGUGAGCCGGGGGCUCUGUCUGCGCCCUUUCCGCUCUCCCCUCUUCUUUUUUCUUUUUUAUUUGCCCCAACCAUCGUGACUUGUCUUUCACACAUUAGUUAGAAUUCACUGCCAGGUUUCUUCUGCCCGCCAGCUGAUCCAUUCUGUCACAGAUUUUGUAAAAACUGCGCAUGCGCGCACACACACAGCCACCGUUGUGUGUGUGUGUGUCUGUGUGCGAGAAAUACACACGUGUCUAUAUAUAGUCGACUGGAAGAACUUUUUCCCCAACUUCUUGCAUGUUGAGGAUAUCUGAGCUAUUUUUCAUCUUAAAAGAAAAGUAAGGUAUUAGGCCGAUGUGGGAGCCCAUUUUUUCGUUGUGGUCCUGAGUUGCGGGGGGUGGGGAAGGGCGGUGGGUUGAAAUCUGCAGAAGAUGGCGGCAUCUGUGCUUGACAGGGUUCUCCUGCUGGGUUAGAAAACUGAAGAGGGCGUUCCCAUUCCAUUUCCCACGAUGCGCUUUCAUGCUUCUCAAGCUGGAACAGUUCUCCAGGCCUGAUGAGUUUUUAAGGCAGUGCUUUGCCAUUGUCUUUUUGGCUGAUAACCUUGUUAAAUGUUUUUGACAGUUUUUUUUUUUUUUAUUCUUAAUUGGCUUUGUCUCCCUUACACUCUGCCUUUCCUCUUCCUAGUUACCGAAAAUAACCAUUUAGUGUCAGAUUAGAAAUUGAAUUGCUGAGUCUGAGUUUUUAAAGUAUCUUUUAAAUUAAAAACUCCAAAGUUCAUUGCAAAGAUUUAAUGUAGCAUCUCAGCAUCUGGGUGGAAACUGCCUAUUUUUCUUCCCUGUAUAACCAGGGAACAUGAAAAUGUGAAGUUCAUUUUCUAGCCAGGCAGCUGCUGUGAGCAGAAUCAACAUAAAUGCUCACUGGAAAUUUCCUCUCUUAACCAGUUAAGUAUAUGUUCACCUGCGGUAUAACCGCCUUUAAUUAUAGACAGUAUACUCAGUGGACAAGUUUUCUUUUUGAACUCAGUAUAUGAGAGC